GGUUUCUGUGCAGUGGUGCAGAGCUAUAACAGGGUGAAAAACACUGAGGCCAAGUUACCAUUAAAGGGGUGAACAAGGCACUAGGACCUAGGAGAAGUCUCAUCCACCCUGGCAGGAAUUUCUUGCUUGGAGCUCAGACAACAAAGGCAGAGUGAGACUGGUUUUCUUUCUCUCAGCAUCUCCACCCUACGAGCUGAAAACCGCUUCAGAUCUUUAGGGUUCACCAAACUAUGGAACUUGAUUUUGGACACUUUGACGAAAGAGAUAAGACGUCCAGAAACAUGCGAGGCUCACGUAUGAAUGGAUUGCCCAGCCCCACUCACAGUGCUCACUGUAGCUUCUACCGAACCCGGACCUUACAGGCACUGAGUAAUGAGAAGAAAGCAAAGAAGGUGCGUUUCUAUCGCAAUGGGGACCGCUACUUCAAGGGGAUUGUGUAUGCCGUGUCCUCCGACCGCUUCCGAAGCUUUGAUGCUUUGUUGGCUGACCUGACCCGUUCUCUGUCUGAUAACAUUAACCUGCCUCAGGGAGUUCGCUACAUCUACACCAUUGAUGGGACCAGAAAGAUUGGGAGCAUGGAUGAACUGGAAGAAGGGGAAAGCUAUGUCUGUUCAUCUGACAACUUUUUCAAGAAGGUGGAGUAUACCAAGAAUGUCAAUCCCAACUGGUCCGUCAAUGUGAAGACAUCGGCCAACCUGAAAGCACCUCAGUCUCUGGCCAGCAGCAACAGUGCCCAGGCAAGGGAGAACAAGGAUUUUGUGCGUCCCAAGCUGGUGACCAUCAUCCGCAGUGGGGUGAAGCCCCGAAAGGCUGUUCGCGUGCUCCUGAACAAGAAGACUGCACAUUCGUUUGAGCAAGUUCUCACUGAUAUCACUGAAGCUAUAAAACUGGAGACGGGUGUGGUCAAAAAAUUGUAUACCCUGGAUGGGAAACAGGUGACCUGUCUCCACGAUUUCUUUGGGGAUGAUGAUGUAUUUAUUGCCUGUGGUCCGGAAAAAUUCCGCUAUGCACAGGAUGACUUUUCUCUGGAUGAAAACGAGUGCCGUGUAAUGAAAGGGAAUCCUCCGACCACUCCAGGCAGCAAGUCAUCCCCAACCCCUCAGAAGAGCUCAGCGAAAAGUCCAGCCCCCAUGCGCCGGAGCAAGUCUCCAGCCGAUUCAGGUAACCAUCAAGAUGCAAAUGGAACAUCAAGCAGUCAGCUGUCUACACCCAAAUCCAAGCAGUCUCCAAUCUCCACACCUACCAGUCCAGGGAGCCUCCGUAAGCACAAGGUAGACUUGUACCUGCCUCUGUCCUUGGAUGACUCUGAUUCCCUUGGAGAUUCCAUGUAAAGGAACACAAUUCUAAUUGUCCGUAUACAAGCUAUGUUUAAGAUACAGUACAGUACUUCUGCCAAAAGAAGUAGAUAGGUGACUGGUACUUUCAAAUCAAAGGACACAAAGUUAUAUGUCAUUUUUUUCUGUGUUUUUUCCUCCGUGCCACAAAUCGACACCUAUCAACUAAUAGGGAUAGAGUGAUACCAUCCUUCUGAGUAAUUAUAUAGAUAUGCGAAAUGGGCAUUGCCAGCAAUCUGACGCCAGUUAUCUCAUGCAUUUCCCCUUUACUUCAGUGCUUUUCUUCUGCUCUAAGUUCUUGAGUUUACUGUUAACUGCAGAAAAGUUGACAGUUCCCACUAGAAGUACAUAAAUAAAUCUUUCGCUGAUCAAUUCUAAAACUAAAAGAAAACAAAUACUAAUCUCCACCUUUUCAAAAUGCUGAUGAAUGCUAGCAGCUCUUUGAAAGCAGAUCUGCUUCUAAUUUUGAAUCCCUGGUUUUAGCACCUGCAUGCUGUCUAGCACCAAUUUCUGUUGCUGAAGGAUGAGGAGAGAGAUGACUUGUUGCUCUGGUAAAAGAUGCUUAAGAUACCAGCAGAAUGUGAAACACAGGAGUUUGGACAAGAUUCAGAAAUGCUGCAUAAAAUGCUAAGUAAAGUUUUUAUAGCACAGUAAUUACAUUAUAAAUUUAUGUAUUGGGUCAUUUUCUAAUAACUAAGCAAAGAUAUAUAUAUACGUCAGCUGGGUGGUGAACCAGGUUUCUCAUGUAACCCAAAGAUAAUGCUGGCUGAUAUCAAGUUAUUAUACCUGCCAUAUGGUAUCUCUCUAUCUCUGCUUAUAAUAUUAAUGCCUUGUAAACAGCCAACACUGAAAACACUGUGAGAAUUUGUUUUCAGGUCUGACACCUUUAGAUCGCUUUUUGUAGCAAGAAACCAAUACACUUUUUAUAAAAAAAAAAACGAAAAAACUUGUAUCUGUGUUUUGGGAGUAAGUAUUCAAGCUCCUUUUUUAUAAAAGCUGGUGAUUUUCUUUUGUUUAAAAAACACAUUCAGAAAAAUUUACAAAAAAAAAAAAAAGAAAAGCCAACUGAAAACAGUAAUAACCUGUGUUUAGAAAUCAUGUCAUCACUGCCAAACAGAAGAGAAGUCAACUCAAAAUAAUGAAUGUUUUGAUAGUUUUCUUGUAAUGUUUAAACUUGCAUUUUUGGUUUAUACAAUUCAAUACCCCUAACUAUGGCCAGAUGCUCCAAUUAUAUUACAAAUGGAAUUUUGUGAUAUUCAAAAAACGUAUUUUAAGAAACUCAUAUCGGGGGGAAAACAAACUGGCAUGGAAUUUAGAGAAACCUUUCACUUUUACUAAUUACUAAUGACUCCUGCAGGAUGCAAAGUUCAUGUAUUUACAAAAUGCUGGUGGUUUUUACUAUGCUUAGGCUUUACUGGCAUAGGUUAGUCCUUUCAGUGAACCUGACUACUACAAAACUUUACCUGGGUACAGUACAUGCAAACAAACCUUUUGUUGUUGGUGGUUUUGCUUUUAUUUUUACUUUGUUUCAGCAGAUAUGCAUAUUUUUUUAUGUCCUUGCAAUCCCCAGUCAUUAGAGUGAACUAUGAAGUUGUGGAAUUGGAUGCUACCCGAAUGCUUGGCAAUAGGAUGACACCAUUUUCUUUCUUCAUUUGUGCCAGGAUGCCAUUCCAUGUAUUUUGUUUUUUCCAUUGUUACCAUUAACACUCUGUACUGGCUGCAUUUUUUAUGAUGUUGUGUAUAAUGUAAGGUGUUUUUUUUUAAAAAAAAGAAGAAAAAAGAGUCACGUGUGAGAUGAUCCAAAACAAACGUUGGAGUAACCCAGAGGCUUGAGUUAUUUUGCACCAAAUUUGCACCUACAAUCUUGAGCCCACAAUUAUUUGCACCCACAAUGUUGCAUGAGAAAUCAUUUCAUUCCCAUGAAAAACAUAAUUUAAAUGUGUAACCCUCUGACCACUUCGGGGUUAAGUGCCCAUUUGACCUAUUGUAUUAAGAUAUUUUACUUCAAUUCAGAUGGACGAGGGUUCAUGUUCUUUCCUGGUUAAAGCUUCUUGUUGGGGAAGGACAGUUUUGUGAACAAAGCACAGGAGUGUUGUCAGGCAAUCUUAGUUCAGCUCUUGGCUCUGCCAGAUUUGGUGUAUGAACUGGAGCAGGUCUCUUAGUUUCUUGGUGCCUCCAUAUAUUUAUCUGUAAAAUGAAGAUAAUAACUGCUCUAUUUAACAGGGGCUUGUGAGGCCGAAUGUCCAUUAAUGUUUGUAAAGUGCUUUCAGACCCACUGAUGGAAGGUGCUACAUAACUGCAAGGUUUUACUAUUUGUGGACACAAACCUGGUUAUUUUAGGGGCUGAUGGUUGGGGGUAUGACCUAUUGGAUGCUAUUUUAGAAGCCAUUCUUGAAAAAUGGCUCUUUAAGUAUAAAGGCAUCAUAGAACAAAUUAAUUAUGCCAACAAUACUACUGACUACAGCCUGUGUUAUACUGAGAAGUCAAAUUUGCCUUUGGCACAAUGGAAACUGGCUUCCUCUUAUCUUCUCUGGUAGGAAUCUUGAAGAUCCCCAGUUUUUCCCCAGGGCCUUCCUAAAGGCUCUGAAUGGUAGCCACCAUCCUACCUGUUAAAGAUGACUGAGCAGUUCUGCAGUGACAAUGAUGCUUCUUAAUGAGGCAGAAGAAUGGUCACUUGAGUGACACAAUAUGCUCCCACCCCAUCCAUGAUCUGAGUGUCUUGCCACUCAUCUCCCAAUCCCUGUCAGUUUAGGCAUCAAGAGACUAGCACCGAAAAAUAAAUCUAAGACGUCCUUACAGCAGUUCAGAACACUUAUCAAUAGCUCACUGGGAAAUCCAAGUUUCUUAUAUCCAUAAGCAGAUAUGAGUCAUAUUACUGACAGCACUACUGUAUGGUGCUUAGAGAGGCCUCAGAAAACUCAGUUUCUCUUCUCCAGGAUCUGUCAAAAUCAGUUUGCAUGAGACAAAGCAGGAACCCAAAGACUGAAUGGAACUUUGGACAACCUACUAUAUGGGUAGCUUAAGCAGAAGUAGAUAGGUUUCCAUCUGUCAUGAACAGUGCUUAGAUAAUUCAAAAACAAAACCAAAAAACCCUGCUAGUGGAACUUUCUAAAGAACUGUUACAAGUGUUCUUUGUGAAUUGCACUUAAAGUGACAUGUCUGAGAACUUGAUCCUGCAAAUACUCACUCAUGGGAGGAGUUUUCCAUGUUCAAGGACUACUCACAUGAGGAAGGGUUCUUCGGGACCAAGCCUGAUGAUUGUUUUUGAGCACACGCUGCCUCAGCAAGGGAAUUUACAAAGGCCUAAUAGAAGAAAGCAUUUUCUUCAGAGGGAAAAUAAUAGCCAUUCAGUUGAGCAAAAGCCACUAGUAACACAGGGUAAGAGGUCACACUCCCAGGUUUAAGAUGCAUUUUUCCAGGUAGAGAUACCUGGAUUAUAGGUAGAGAUCGGUGAGCAUUUCAGAGGUAACACAUAGUUAGUCUGUAUGAAUGCUGAUAUUGCAUGAGUACUUGUACAGAAAUGCAUGUGGAAUAGCGUCCAUAUGGUGCUAGGCUUUUUCCAGGAUCCCUGGAAGAUAAAAAGAAAAGAAUUAUAGACAGUAUACUAGUAAUUUCAAUAUAUGGAUGGCCCUGAUUCAGGAAACCAUGCAUGCAUGUGCUUAUUUAUAAGCAUGUGCUUAAAUCCCAUUUACUUCAGUGGGACUUAAGCACAUGCUUAAGUGCUGUUCUGAAUUGUGAUGAAUUAUGAAUUACUUGUAGCAUACUACUGCAGCAAUUCCAGUCAAAUUGAGUUACUUGGAGCAGACUAUAGUAAUGCUAUGAUAAACUUCAGCAUUCACUUCUAAUUUUUUUCUUCUUUUAUAAACACACAAAACUCCUCAGGAUAUAAGGAUUUGCCAUAUUCUAUUAUAAAAGCGCUGUCUGAUUUCCCAUAUGAGGCUGUUUUAAGUGUUUUCAGAGACAGGGUCACUAUGACUGCAUUGUUUGAAAACGAUACAUGAAGGAAUCGUAAGCAUUAUGUAUUACAUAGCUCUGUCUGUACUUUACACUGUGCCUGGUCUAUUUCAGUGUCUAUACAUAUUAAGCAGUAUGAAUGCAUAUGUCAAGGCAUAUCCACAUUGAGGAGGAUGCGAGCAAUGUCAGUGGCAGUUUUGUGUGUAGAAAAUCAGGCCCACAGAGUACUGCAUGAAAUUAUAGAUCCUUCUGAAACUUUUUGUUAAUAUCUGAUCCUAAAGUGUAUGGACCAGUGAAUUGUGAAGCUUCUCCAGCUCUACCACCAGAGCAGCUAAUCUAGUCUCUGAUUUACAUGCAUGAAGCCCCUAAGGUAGACUUUAAAGAUUUCAGUGACUUGGUUUUAAUUUGGCACAUUUUUUGUGAUGGGAUGUCAGACUUCCUUCUGUCCUAAAAGUGUCUCCGUUCCUAAUCUCUGUACAGUGAGUGUUGCCUUUUCCAGGGCUAGGAAAUCUAACUGUGUUACGCUCUGUGAAAUCAGAAAAUUUAGUUUAGCUCAGCUGCCACAUCACUCUUUCACUGUGGUCUGUGUGUCUCUCACAAACACACACCGGCUGUGGUUUAGCCUUGUUUCAGUCUUGCAAUUUUUGAAUGUUACAAAUAAGUAAUUUUUAAUACAGAAAAGGUGAUGUGAAGAGUAUGUUCUCCUUUAAUAUUAUAAAAUAUAGGACCUCUUACGUGAUGUGUUGGUGGCUGCUCCUUAUUGUCUUUGACCUUAGAAAUGACAUCCUGCUACAUCACGUGGUAGCUCCUGACAAUGCUCUUUCUGGGCCAUACAAUAUCCUUGCUUAUGUGCAACUCCAUUGACAGGCAUCAGUGGAAGUCACGUUCUCUAUUCAAGGGUACAGUAUGACCCUUAAAGUUAAACCUUUCUUCCCUUAAUGUCAAUAAGAGUUUUGACAUUUACUUCAAUGGCAGCAUGAUAGGGUCCUUAUAUCUAUCCUUCACCCACUGAAGUCAACAGGAGAGAUGCCAUUAACUUCAGUAGGAGCAGGAUCCAUCCUUACAGAAAAUAAAUAAGGAAAUAAAAACCAGGCAAGUUAAAUACAUGGAAAUAUGGUAUAGUCACAGAGUCAUCUGAAAGUGCCCAUGGUGUAGUCUCCCCAUGUAUUAACAAUCAAAUGUAGGUAAGAGGGAACGAACUAGUUUCUUUCUUUUAACGGUGAUUUUACAUGUGUUUUGAAAGUGAUGAAUAUUCAAGUUAUUUUUCUGGUUGUGGAUCCAAUAUUAAAGCGGUGGGAAGUUGCUUUUCAGGGUCCAUGAUGUCAUCUGUAUUUGGGGGCUCGAUGGCUCACAGUGUUUGCAAAUGAGACACAGAACUUGUCACCACUAGGUCUACAUUGAGAUUUAAGCCAAUACAGAGAGUCAGGUAUGUUUGCAGUGGGGCAUAUGCUUUAUUAGUGAUAUCCUUGAAACAAUACAGCUAGCAUUAAAUUUGGGUAUAGUGAGACCAACUUGAUUAACUUUUUAAGUGCCUUUCAGCACAUCUCCACUCUUUGGGUUUCAGAAAUGCUUGCUAAUAAUGAAAAGCCCAAUAAGAUGUAAGUGUGAACUGGCAGCCAGGGUACGCUACCUGAAUCUGGAGUCUGCUGAGAUGAUUAUUCUGCUUCAUAUUUAUUCAGCUGGAUCUGGGUUAGCACACUGUGAAAAUGAUGGUCUAGUUUAUCAUAGAUUCAUUCUGCCUGGUGGCACUGAUGCCCUUUCACAGCAUGUCCAUGGAUCUAAGGAGCCUUCUCAAUGGUAGCUCAGGAAUGAGAUGAAGCUGAAUCCUGUUUCUCUGAAGGCAGCCUGCUGGGCAUGUAUUAGAUAGGAUUGGAGGGUUCUUGCUGCUCCAGUCAUGGAUCCUGUUGUUGGGUCUUCUUGCUCCCCACCCUCUCCCACUUCCACUUUUCUCCUGGCCUUAGCUUUGGUAUAUCUUGUAACACGUGUCUUCAGUUGUAAAGCUGGGUGUGGGAUUCCUAUAACUCUGCCUUUUUCUCUGAACACUUUAAGAUCUGGCCAUUCAGCAUCUGAUUGAUGGGUCUGGUAAAGAAAUCUUCAUCUUCCGAUCCGUCAGGAGUUGUGCUGGAAAAACACCACAUGCUAAUGGUGUAGCUCUAUGUGCUAAGAGACCCUAAUGUGGUUCUUGAGAUGUUUUUCCUUAGAGUUUUUAUUGUAACAACUGCUCUUUCAGAUUCCCCAUUUGGUGCAGGAAAUGAGGAACAUUAGUUGUUUGGUCAUGGUCACAAGGCCUGGUUCUUAUUUAAAGUAAGACCAUUUUACACUGCUCUUAGAGUGAGAGUAAACUACACUUGUACCCAUUGUGAAGCCCUUUUGCACGGUGAGCGUGAGUAAGGUGACCUUAGGGUAAAUGAGCCUCAAGCCCAUAUUCUUAGCCUAGUGGAUAGAGCACUAGACUGAGAUUCAGCAGACCUGGCUUCUAUUCCCAGCUCUUCCAUGGGCCCACUGGGUGACCUUAGGCAAGUCACUUCUCCUCUUGAGCCUCUCAGUUCCUGCAUGAUGGAAAGGGCUGUAGAAGAGCUAGGGAUUCUUUUUAUUUAUUAUGUAAUGAAGUCCGCAAACUGCACUGGAGCGAACCCCUGGUCCAUUGUCCUUGGCAAAAGUUUCAAGAACUCAUUAUCACGUGAACAUGGUUUUUAAUCUGUUAACCCUGUGUGUGGAUGAGUUUGCUGGCAGAUUAGCCUCUUUCACAUAUUGUGAAUAGGAAGCUACUGCUACUCUCCUGGUGGUGUUGGUUAAGUUACAUCGGUCGGUGUUUAUUAGCUGCCUUUGUCUUUCUCUCAGCUCUAAUUGACACUGUGCUUUUUUUGCACAAAUUACACAGCUUUCCACCAAGUCCAUUUUAACUGUCCUGGACACCAGACUGUUCGAUGUGCUCUUGCGCUGCACUUUAUCACUUCUCUGUGAGUUUAAUGGAUCUCUCCAAGCCCUUCCUCUCUUUGAUCUUGUGGUUUGAUGAGCCUCUGUCCUUUUAAGAGCAGACUGUCCACUAUAUUGAUGCCUCAUUUGUACUUCCAGUAUUGUAGGAGCUGUUCAGGGAUUGCUCCCUUUUUUAGCCUGCCUGUCUCUGCCUAUCUGCUUAGUAUCGGCAAGUCCUAGGACCUUUGUUGUGCUUGCCCAGUUUGGACUGGGUCACUGGGAAGCUUUGACUUAUCUGGUCUAUGUACAGCUUGAGUUCUAUACAAAUUCUUCUUUCAUGACUGGGCUAUGUGAGGAAACUCUGGAGAGAGCAUUUGCCCACACAAGGCUUAUCCUGGGAAUAUGCAGUACUGUGUAGUUGAAGAGAAGUCAGGGCAGGUGGAAUCUCAGUGUUUAGGAGGAUGGCUCGUGCCGGGUCUUCAACCACAGCAAGGAGCUCAAGACAGGCGAUUGUCAUAAGCAAGGGAGACUGAAUAACACAUGAAGACAGAUAAAGGAAUAAUGACACUAGACUGGGCUUUCCCACUCAUAAAUGGUGACUGGUGUGGACUCAAUUCUGGCAAGGGAGCACGGGGUGGAAAUUGUCCCCGUCAUUUCUGGCUCUCUCAAAACUCUUGGAGAGUCCAGCCAGGGGCGGCUGUAGCUUUUUUGCCGCCCCAAGCACGGCAGGCAGGCAGGCGGCCUUCAGCGGCAUGCCUGCGGGAGGUCCC